CAUUUGCGAACAUAUAUCUGUGGCCUGAUAUGCCCGUCCCAACUUCCAACUUGGCCGCUAUUUGAAACGUCUUGGCGGCUUUUAAACGAGCCAUGUGCUUUUGCUCGGUGCCAGGCACCACAAAUUUUUGCGUCCAGAAGGUUGAAAACCUCGUCCUUCGCUGUUCCCGAAGGGAAUUAACUCCAUCGAUUCCACCUAUAACCCUCGCUCUCGCUCUCAAAAACCGUCCGCCGCCGCCUGCCGGCCGUCUGUUCGUCGGAAAUAAUGCACCCUCCCGCCCCCGGCUCCCCCGGGCCCGAUCAGCACUACCAACUUCGCAUGGCGACAGUGAUAUUGACUGGAAUCAACAUCGCUUCGUCCGUCUCGUUGGGCGCACGAAUCUGCUGGGACGCAUACAAUGCCCGUACAACUUCACGGGACCUAGAGAAGGCUGGGUUGCUCACGGCCCCCGGGUGGUGGGAGUUGCUAUCCGGGAAGGAAUUGUUUCCAUUGAUCUUCAGCAUUGCGGUAUUUGCGCAGGGCGUAAUGUUAGCGAUUGUGGAGAGUCAGGGCUUGGGAGGGUAUAGGAUGUGCGAGCAGUGGGCGGUUGUGGCAUGGAUAGCGACGUGGAUCCCAAGUUAUACCGCUCUCGUCUUUAUAGUCGAUACGGGCUUGAGAGCUGUUUGUUCUCCCCGGUUCAAACCACGGUCCAUAAAGCGUGUAUUCCUCAUAUUCUGCGGGCUUGUCCUGCUGCUUGUCCUUACCAUGCUCCCCGUAUGGCUCAGAACAUGGAAGGAUGACCGCCAAGUCUGUUCCGGAGAGCUGAUGAUGCUCGUAGGCGGGUUCGCAAGCAUCGGAGCCGUAGUGCUAGUCGCCGCGCUCCUCGUGACAGCUAGUUUGGCCGCGGUUAUCUGUGUAAACUUGUCCAGGCAGACGCGGGUUGACCUCGAAGGUCGAAUGUCGGCGAGUCGGGAGCUUUACUUCAUCGCUGCCCUGAUGUUACAAUGGAUCCUUCUCUUGCCCAACUUCAUCGUCGUCUCGCAGGGCACGACGGUCCGAGAGCUCUCUUUCCUGUCGGCGGUGGUUAUCAAUACUUCGGGUAUCAUCGCCAGUACCCUGCACCUCUACCUUCGGGCGCGAAAUACAUUCAUAUCCGGACCGCCUUGUCUCACUGAACCGCCGGUGGUCAUCGACAAAGCUCCCAGUGACUUCUCCUCCGGGGAUGACGACAGACCUGCAGGCACAUCGCCUCAACCCAGGGUCCGAGAUUCCGAAAAUGCGUUGCAGCCUCCUAAAUUCCCCGAUCGAAGCCGAUUCUCGGCUAGCACUGUCGGUGCCAAUAAUCUCCAUCGACUAGGAGAGGAGAUCACGUCCCUUAUGGCCGGCUUGCUCAGCUCACCCGCGCCGUCCAGCUCGCCUCCGCCUCCGAGACACCGGGACACCUUACCAGAGCCGCGUCACUUCCGCGGUGACAGCGAUGUUUCUGUGGUCCAUGCUUUCGACAGUACAAUCACGAGUCCAAAGCAUGCCUACUCACGAGUCCCGCGACGUCCCUCUCGGCAUGGAGUCCCGAUAGUGAAUGUUGACCGCGAACAAAACCUGGGAAACAGUGCGAGAAGGGUGGAAUUAGUGAAGGAGGUUCAUUCGCACACCCGAACCGACUCCGCGAAGAGUUUGUUCGAUGCUGUGCAAACACAGAGUCCAAAGCUGGGCGGUGCUAUUGGUGGGAGAAGGUGUAUCUUCUGAGCUUCGCGCGAAAAUCUGUCAAAUUUAGUAUUCGUC